GUUUGAAUGACUUUGACUUGUUUGAAUUCCAAUUAAAAAAUGGGGAGGCCACAAUAUGGUGCCAUUUGUGUCCACUGCAUUGACAAAAGAAAAGAUGGGAUCUUCACUCUUUGUUUUUAUUUAUUUGGUGACUUCAGCAUCAGCACUUCUGCGUGUCUGAUUCUUGAAGCUGACAUGGUCCAACAAGUCACACACAAAUGGCUUUUCUAUUCGAAGGCAUUGUAAUGAAACCAAUUAAUUUUUUUAACACUCAUUUUUCCCAUUGACUGUGCAGACCUUACACUAUCCAGAGCAUUGCUGCUGAAUGCUGACAAGCAGAUGAGUCGAUUCCAAAACUUUUUAGAGUUUGAAAAUGUUCAUUUGCAGCUGAAAUCGAGUGCCGGCUGUGAAAGUCAAGUUUGAUGUUUGGCCUGCCAAUUAUAUAAUUAGAUGCUUGUCAUUACAAUACUACUGCAUUUUGACUGACCUUGUUAUUGAAAUAGCUCCAGUUUCUCUAUGAAAUGAAUCAAUGAUACGCCCAUUCUUGCUUUCCAACUGUUUUAGACAUUAAACCGUUUUUCAGUUACUUUUCUAGUCAGUGCGCUGACAGUUCUAGUUUGAAAUCAUGGCUGAUCAUUCGUUGGAGAUGGAGACUGAAACUGAAACUUCAUGGAUGGAUAAUUGGGAAAGGCCAAGGCACAAUACUCCUGCCCGAUCUCAGCAUAUCUCCACUUAUCCAAGCCCGAGCUCUUAUAUUUUCUCACGUGACCGGACACCAUGGAGGAAGAGAAAUCCUACUCCUGCCAGCCCUUUUGCCACAGAUGAUGACAGAUUAUGGCAAGGAGAGCUAUCAUGGCAGUUUGAAACAACAGGUUGGCGAGAAAAUCUUAACCUUGGGGCGGCACUUAGUCCUUGGGCUGCCAAUUCAACUAGCCCUCUAUCCACCGGGAGCAGCAGGAUUUUCAAAAGAUCAGCCAAUGACUACUAUCUUUCGCGAGGUUUCCACACCUUUGGCAAUCCCUACUACGAUAAUUCUUAUUCAGGCUAUGAUCCAUUGCCUUCAGGGAGUAGGCUGGGGCUCCAAAGUCAUGGUGCUAAUGGAGGAAGUGCUGAAGAUCGUUCCCCUUUAGCUGAUAAAGAUGAGCUGAGCACUGCAGACAAUUGUGACACUGAAGACAUAGAUCAUCAAAUUUGCUUGAUUAAAACUCUUGAUGACUAUGAGCAUCAUCAGGAGCAACGAUGGUUUUCUGUGUCACAUGCUUUUUUGGAUGAAAAUGUCAGCACAGUCGAUAGAAACAAUCAUUUUCCUCAUGGAUUAAGACAUGAUCAUGAGGGGCAUCACGACCAUAAUGCUAGCAAUGCUCAUCGGUGCCCCUUGCAUUCAGUCAAGCAGUCGGCAAGUAAUCUGAGCAGCGUUGAUAUUAGACAUUUCAACUUUGUUCAUGAUCAAGAAUCCAUGAUAGAGGAUGACAACGAAGAUGACGCAGUGGCACCAAAAUCUGUUGGGCUUUUCAGCUUGUUUAGGUAUUCAUCUAAGCUGGAUUUAGUACUCAUAAUGUUUGGCUGUUUGGGAGCUUUUAUCCAUGGAGGUUCUCUUCCAUGGUAUUCUUUCCUUUUUGGGAAUUUUGUCAACAAACUUGCCAGUGGACAAGAUCUCAAUAAGCAACAGAUGAUGAAGGAUGUGGAUAAGAUAUGUCUGCUUAUGACUGGAUUAGCUGUGGUGGUCAUGGUGGGAGCUUACCUUGAGAUAACUUGCUGGAGAUUGGUCGGUGAGAGAGCUGCUCAUAAGAUACGAACAGAGUACCUAAAAUCAGUUCUGCGACAGGACAUAGAAUUUUUCGACACACAAAUCAGUACAAGUGAUAUCAUGCAUGGAAUCUCAAGCGAAAUCGUACAAAUCCAAGAAGUGAUGGCAGAUAAGAUGGCUCAUUUUGUUCACCAUAUAUUCACCUUCAUCUGCGGCUACAUGGUUGGUUUCAUGAAAUCUUGGAAAGUUUCCUCAGCAGUUUUUUCUGUGACACCAUUGACGAUAUUCAGUGCUACUGUUUAUAAGGCCGUAUAUGGUGGCCUAGCUACAAAAGAAGAGGGCUCUUACAGGAAAGCAGGAGGCCUUGCAGAACAAGCGAUAGCUUCUAUCAGAACUGUGAUCUCUUUUGUAGCAGAGGAUGUCAUAGCUGAGAAGUAUGCCAAGUUUCUUGAUCAGUCAGUACCUAUAGGGGCGAAGCUCGGCUUUUCCAAGGGCGUAGGAAUAGGAGUGAUAUACCAAAUUACAUAUGCUACAUGGGCACUAGCUUUUUGGUAUGGCUCUAUUCUAGUCUCACAGAAACAGCUCACGGGUGGUGAUGCGAUUGCCUGUUUCUUUGGUGUAAAUGUCGGGAGCAGGGGCUUGGCAUUGGCCUUAUCGUAUUUCUCUCAGUUCUCACAAGGGACCGUAGCUGCAAGCAGGGUGUUUGAAGUGAUUGAUAGAGUUCCAGAUAUUGAUCCUUAUAGUAUUGAGGGAAGGAAACCAUCAGGGGUACAUGGAAAAUUAGAAUUUAAAGGUGUUUCCUUUGCUUAUCCAUCUCGUCCGACUAUUCCUAUUCUCCACUCUCUUAGUUUAGUUAUCCCGGCAUCUAAAACUCUGGCAUUAGUCGGAGCUAGUGGGGGUGGAAAGUCGACUAUUUUCGCUCUUAUAGAGAGGUUUUAUGAUCCAAACCAGGGUUUUAUAACUUUAGAUGGUUAUGAUUUACGAACAUUGCAAGUGAAAUGGCUUAGAAAGCAGAUAGGCAUGGUUGGACAAGAACCAGUUUUGUUUGCAGCAACCAUACUCGAAAAUGUGAUGAUGGGAAGGGAAAAUGCAACCAAGAAAGAAGCGAUUGCUGCUUGCAUUGCAGCUGAUGCUCACAGUUUCAUAUCUUGCCUUCCAUUAGGCUACGAUACCGAGGUUGGAGAUCGAGGGACUCUGUUAUCUGGUGGCCAAAAACAACGUAUAGCACUUGCACGAGCUAUGAUCAAAGAUCCCAAAAUCCUCCUUCUGGAUGAGGCCACGAGUGCAUUGGAUCGCGAGUCUGAAGCCGUCGUUCAAAAAGCCAUAGAUAAGAUAUGUGUAAGCAGAACAACAGUUAUCAUUGCUCACAGGUUAGCUACCGUUAAGAAUGCUCACAAGAUAGUUGUGCUUAACCAUGGUUCAGUAGUUGAAACUGGAAACCAUCAUAAGCUCAUGAAGAAAGCCGGCGCUUACUAUGAUCUUGUCAAGUUGGCUUCUGAAGGAAUCUCACAACCUGUGACAAACCAAAACAAUCAAGUGAAGAAGUUGGAUUUGCAUGAGGACAUAUUAAGUGUAAGAAACAUGUAUGAAACAUCGAAAACCAGUUACAUGAGAUCUGAGCAAGAAGCAAACGAGUUAGAGGAGAAGGAAGAAAAUGUAACAAAGUUGGAAAGAUAUAAACUUGCAGAUGUUUGGAGCUUGCAGAGACCAGAAACCAGUAUGCUGAUCAUGGGAUUUAUUUUAGGUAUGCUUGCUGGUUCAAUUCUAUCUAUAUUUCCUUUAGUUCUGGGACAAGCUCUGAAAGUCUACUUUGACCCCAACAUUCAAAAGUUGAAGAAGGAUGUUGGCAACCUCUGCUUAGUGCUGGUUGGACUCGGAUUGGGCUGUAUAAUCUCCAUGACAGGCCAACAAGGAUUCUGUGGUUGGGCCGGUACAAAGCUUACUAGACGAGUAAGGGACUUGUUAUUCAAAGCUAUAUUAAGACAGGAACCUGGAUGGUUUGAUGCUAGUGAGAAUUCUACAGGGGUACUUGUGACAAGGCUGUCGACUGACUGUCUUAGCUUCCGGUCAGUUCUUGGUGAUCGUAUAUCUGUCCUACUAAUGGGCUUGAGUGCCGCAGCCGUUGGUUUAGGGGUGUCAUUUUAUCUUCAGUGGAAACUAACUUUGUUGGCUGCUGCAGUGACACCAUUUACACUUGGGGCAAGCUAUUUAAACUUGAUCAUCAAUAUCGGCCCAAAAUUGGACAACAACUCCUAUGCCGCAGCCAGCACCAUUGCUGCUGGAGCAGUGUCGAGUAUAAGAACUGUGGCAACGAUUGGUGCACAGUACCGCGUAGUUCAGUCUUUUGAUCAAGCUUUAGCUGAGCCUAAAAGAACAGCAGUCAGAAGAUCUCAAAUUCUUGGAUUAGUACUUGGCCUUUCUCAGGGUGCCAUGUAUGGAGCUUACACAUUGACUCUCUAUUUUGGUGCCUAUCUUGUAAAGGAAGGGGAGACAAACUUUGGAGUUGUGUACAAGAUUUUCUUGAUACUUGUACUCAGUUCAUUCUCGGUUGGACAACUAGCUGGUCUUGCGCCGGAUACUUCAAUGGCUGCAACUGCCAUACCUGCUGUCUUCAAAAUUCUUAAGCGCAAGCCGUUAAUAAGAAGUGAUCACAAGAAAGGAAGGAAGCUUGAAAGCUCAAAGCCACUUGAUGUGGAGUUCAAAAAAGUCACAUUUGCAUAUCCAUCCAGGCCAAACACUAUCAUUUUAAACAACUUCAGCCUCAAGAUCAAGUCAGGAACAAUGGUUGCAUUGGUGGGAGGAAGCGGAUCAGGAAAGUCGACAGUUACAUGGAUGAUACAGAGGUUUUAUGAUCCUACAAAGGGGAAAGUUUUGAUGGGAGCAGUUGAUAUAAGGGAUCUCGACGUAAAGUGGCUAAGGAGAAAGAUAGCCUUGGUGGGGCAGGAGCCAUCUCUCAUUGCAGGUAGCAUAAGAGACAACAUUGCAUUCGGCAGGCCUAAUGCGUCAUGGGCUGAGAUUGAAGCAGCUGCAAAAGAAGCCUACAUUCACAACUUCAUCUGUAGUCUCCCUCAAGGAUAUGAAACAGAGGUUGGUGAGAGUGGAGUACAGUUAUCCGGAGGGCAGAAGCAGAGAAUUGCUAUCGCAAGAGCCCUUAUAAAGAAGUCGAAGAUUCUGCUGCUAGAUGAAGCAAGCAGUGCUCUAGACUUGGAGUCCGAAAAGCAUGUCCAAAAUGCACUUAAAAAGGCAUCCCUGCGAGCCACCACUGUAGUGGUGGCUCAUCGUCUCUCGACUAUCAGAGAGGCUAAUUUCAUUGCCGUUUUGAGAGAUGGUGCCAUUGUCGAAUAUGGGGAUCAUGAAACACUAAUGGCAUCCCGCGGUAAUGGCAUCUAUGCUGGCUUGGUUCAUGCAGAAACAGAAGCACUGGCUUUUACUUGAGCUGUGCAUAUAUGUAUAAAAGAGCUGUCAAGAACAUGGAAAAGCGGUAAAAAGUGGUUCUCAUUAUCAAAUCAAGUGUUAAUUUUCUUCAUUGUAAAACCUGUCUACCUUCAUCAGUUUGAUCAAUCAAAUAGAUAUCAGAAUGCAAGAUCAAUGGAAUGUUCUCUCUUGCAAGGAACAGUAGUCAUUGUAUCGAAACACCUCAAGGGUAACCAUACACCAAUAAUCCAGUUUAGUUAUAGAACAUAGAAUUCAAGCCCCACAAUUACCAAACAUUAGAGGAUCGUAACUCUGAUGCAUUCCCAAAUCUAUGUUCUAUUCCAUGCAAUGAUGAUAAGAAUGAAUUCAACUUGUUUUGAUUUUCAUAGUGAUUAUAUAAGCCUGCAGCCUGCUACUAUUCUUUUAAAUUCCCUUCAACCUUAAUAGGCUUGAACUUUGCUGGUUUACUUCACCUGUUAACAAUCAGAUCAAGGCAAUAAAAACAUUGGUAGAACAAAGAACACCAGCUCAAAGAGUUCCCACA